UGCUGGCACGUCGUUACCAAGCAACCUGCUGAAUGAUGUCUGUAUGUUUGUACAAAGAAAAAAAAAAACCUGUUGCCUGACAACGACGUAACCAACAGAAUGCACCGCAAACUAGCUUAAACAUCGAAAUGAAGUCCGUUAAAUUCAGUAGGAGUGUGUCUGCCUGCGAACUCAACUGUAAAACGGCGGAGGGAUGUCUCAACAUGUGCGGGAUGUGUCCAUCGUGCAUCUUUGCCCCCACACCUUCGGGCUCCACUCACUGUUUGUGGAAGGUAUCGGAUGAAUUCAAGAGGAGGUUCGUUGUAGAGCUGCUUUUACGCUGCAGGAACGUCCAAGUGCUCGAAGGCAUCCAGAGCGUGCUGGGCGCUACACCAUGGACGUUGUUAACUUACGCCAGAUCAAGAGGCCCAACGUCGCCUCAGGACUACCCCUGCCGCACUAAGGACGGAGUUAUGGAUGGAAAACCACUUGGCGUGGAUGUGAAUGAGAUCUGGGACUGGUUCGGUAACAGUCCAGACUGGGUGAAAUCCCGCUAUCUUUGCCGUGUUUUUACACUUUGUGACUCAGAACUUUUACGCAUGGUGUCGAAUUUAACCAGCGUGCUCCUGGUCAGACAAAAACGAGGCUUUCUGCAAUCUAAUUUGAGUAGCAGCCAUACCAGCACUGAUGAAGACUCAGACGACCCUGCUCUUAUGGUGGUGCCUGGAUCCUCAAAGUCUGUGUCUGGGGUCAGCCGAUACCGAGACUUCAUAGGCUGCCUACCUGUUCAUCUGUCAAAGAGGAUACUGGGUCUGUUAGAGGAGCACACUCUGAGACGCUGCCAGAAGGUUUGUCGAUACUGGCAGCGCCUCGCAAAAGAAACCAUGGAGGAAAUCAAGUUCAGAAAACAUUUUCAGGACCAGAUUAAAGCAAUGAUGAAGAGGUGCAGGGGGAUUAAUGUAGUCAGUCCUACGUACUCCAACAUGGUUGAAGUCCUUGUACCCACAAAGGAGGAUGAGGAAGCAGAUGUUCAUUCUAAUGCCCUGAAGGUCAAGCCAUUUCAAGCUGCUUAUGCCAAAAUCAAAACCAAAACCGUACAAAUGGAGGAGCGAAAUGUUUAUUGUGGCGCUUAUUUUACCAAAGUGGUUCUCAACAAAGAAGACCCUAAUCGGGUGGUGGACUACAGAGGCAGCUCAUUUAUGGCCACAGCUUCCAAGGACCGAGUGCUGCAUCUGUUUUAUGUGGCAUCAGAAACAAGAGUUGUGUCGGUGAUGAAGGGCCAUGUUGGCAGCAUUCGGGCGGUGCUGCUCUGCGAGGACAGAAACCUGGUGAUAACUGCGAGCUGCGAUGCCAGUAUCAGGUGUUGGAAUUUGAAGACGGACAGGUGUGAGAUGGUGCUGUAUGGUCACACAGGCACAGUCAAUUGCCUGGAUGUCCAUGCUGAUAGACUUGUCUCAGGGGCUAAAGACUGUAUAGUAAAAGUGUGGAAUCUACACACAGGGAAGCAAUUUGAGGAUUUUAAUUUCAAGCACCCAAGUUCUAUCCAAUGUGUGAAGAUCAGUGCAACGAAGGUCUACAGCAGCUGUGAUCGGGGCCUUGUCAAAAUAUGGGACAUGGAGAAGGCAUCACUGCUCAGGGUGAUUGAUGCCCACAGGAGCUCGGUGAAGUGCCUGUUCUUUGACGAAUGGCAUCUUCUAUCUGGGGACUUUAAUGGUCAAGUCAUGGCCUGGAGCACCCACUGUUGUGCUAAAGAGUGUCUAAUGACCUUCAGCCACCCAAGGGAGGUCAAAUCUCUGACUCUCGUCUAUCUGCGUGUUGUUACUGGCUGUGCAGACGGCAAGAUUCGUAUAUUCAAUUUCCUCACCGGAGAUUGUUUGAGAGACAUCACAGCAGAGGCUGAAACAGGCCGUAUACUGUCCCUGCUCUUCCAUGACAACAGUAUAUUAGUGAACACGACGUCCUGUGUGAAACUGUACCAGUUUGCCAAAGUGUUCUGGGAUUACACAGAGUCAGCAGAGGGAGGCCGGGGUGAUGUGCUGGCUCAGGAUGGUUUGAUUUCUGAGAAAUCUGCAGCUUCAGUCAGAAAGCCUCCCUCUCCCUCUAUCGGGGCAGAUCACAGGGUACAGGUGGCUUUACCUAGCGACAGCAAAAAGCCAGAGAGAGCUGAGCUGCCUUACCACACCCGCAUCCUGUUUACCCCCACUAAAUGUCAAACACAAGUCAGAGAGCGCUGUCAGACUGCUAAACAGUCAGUGGUGCUGAGUGAGAAGGCGACGAGUGAACGGAUGAAGAAGAGGGGUCUUCAUCAUCCUCUGACACGUGACUCCAUCCUCCUCAGAGUCAAUGCCAUUCAGAAAGCGCAGUGCAUGGAUGAAGUUGGCAUCAACAUGGAGUGCAAUGCAAGGCUGCGAGAUUCCUGGGGUCCUCACACACAGGCCCUGGAAACAAAUCUGCAGGCUCAGGUACAUCCGCUGCGGCACACGCACCACAGGAGGGCCAAGACCUGUGUCCCAGUUCUGAAGACAGCCGCCAGUCAACAUAUGACAAACACAGACGUCACCCCUGCUCCUGAUGCCAUGAGGAGACGCCAUCACUGUUUAUUUUCUCAAAAAGCACAGCCUCACAGUGCUGACACGCAGACGGCAAUCAAGAGGGUCGGUGCUAAAGAGGAGCCACGGGCUGACUGAGUACAUGCUCAUGAGGUCGAUACCUAGUGUAGAAUACUGCAUAAGAACUAGUACCAGCUUGCCUAAGAUUAACUCUUUUGGACCCAUUUAAAGAGCAGGGAUGAUUCAGGCUGCUCACAGUGGGCCUGGCUGGAGGACUGUGUCCAAGCUGAGAGGGAACUCAUGCAGAGCUGUAAAAAUGAAAUGUGUUACAAGAGGGAUAAAAGGAUAUAGUGAAUUGGUCACAUGUGCAUCAACUGAUAGUUUCUUCUUCUUCUUUUUUGUUGAUGAUAUGAGUCAACUGAACUCAAUCACCACUGCACAGUGGGUGUUUUGGGAAUCUUUGUUUAUCCAGGACACCUUAUUUUAAGUAUGUUUCAUUAAAGCUCCACUAGGGGUCAGUAUUGUAUCAUCUGAUGUUGGCUGGACCAGAACUUCGUUAUUUUUUCAGUUGUUUUGCAGUCUGAUUUAGGUGUUAUUUAACUUUAAUUUUCAGACUGUCAAUCAUAGUUAUUGUUUGAUUACAUUUUAGUUUAAGGUUAGUUAGUUUUUUGUUUCUUAUAGUUUUUAUUUGCUUUAUCUGAAGCUGACUAUCUUUGGUCUCCAUUUAUACAUUCAGUUCACUUAAGAAGCUCACAGCUAAUUCAGUUUUAUGCAGUGACUUUUACAAAGUUUAGCUUGUUUUCUUUUAUAUUUUGAAAACUUAAAAUGAAAUAAAAAGUAUUUUCACA